AUGGAGGGCUCAUUCGAUAAUAUUGAUAUGAUGUUUCAGGAGAUUGAGCUUUUCCUCCAAACUUUUACAGAUGAUGAUAAUAUCGACGAAGCCUCGAUUGAUCUUGUUGUGGCCGCAUUCGCCGCGAUUGAGUCCGUCAUGGAUUUCUCAUCCAUAAACCGAAUAGGUGGCUCCAUCCUCAAGAGGGGCGACUAUGAGAAAGAGGCCCUUGCCACACUGGAUACGGUCCAGUCUAAGGGCGAUCUGCUUAUUCGCCAGGCGAAGAAUUCGCAGAUGUGGAUGGUUAGGCAAGGAUUCCAGACGAUCAAAGAAACGAGCCAUAUUAAGGACAUGAUCUUGUCACUGUUUGACCCUUUACUAGACGAACUAGAUGCUAGGAGAGAGAAAGAUCGAUCCGAUUUACUCAAGGUUAUUUACACAUUCUCGCGCCCAGCUUCGCCAGUCGCUCCACCAUACAGCACCGUGGAGCCAGAUCAGUACAUAAAACCGCAAGAGCUUCUCAGCGUUCCCAACGUGACCGGAAGCUCAUCAACGAAAGUUCAAGGAGUGGGUAGUAGCCGUAUCUCAUCCCAGCUACUCGUACACGGCAAGUACGACGACCAACGCUACGUCUCCGGGCUCUCGCUCUUCUGCUCCUCCUUCGCGCAGUCCCUCGAGGCAAGAGCUCCGCGCUUCACCCCCCUCAUCUUUUGCCGUCUGCAUACGGAUCCCGACACGGACCGGCACACCGGCGGCCGCACGAUCAUCCAGAACUUCAUAUGCCAGCUGCUGUGCCAAUUUGACUUUGACACGCGGUCGUUCGCUAGCGAGAAGCUGGACGAGCACCUCAUCAAGCUCGGCGACGUGGGCGAGCUGUGCAGGCUCUUCCAGUGGCUUGUUGGGAAGCUGCCGCAGUCGGUUGUGUUGUUCUGCCUGAUUGAUGGCGUGGGGUACUAUGAGAGGAAGGAGUUCGAGCACCACAUCGGCUUCGUUGUCGAGAAGCUGGCGCAGGAUAUCAGGAUGCUCAGGCCCAUGGGCCACCAAAAGAUUCUUGUGGAAGUCGAGGAGAUUCUCGUGGAAAUUGAAAUCGCUCUGAUGACCGCGGCGCAGGAUCUGACACGGUCCGGAUACGUGCUGAGGACAGUUGAGGAGGCUCCAAGAAGGUCCGACUAUGCCAUGGUACUUUAUGUUGGGCAUCUGGCGAGCGUGAGAUGCGGUUUGAGGAUCUCUGGCGUAUAUCCAGUCGCUGAAGAGGUACCGAGUCACGAUUGGGUGUCUAAUCAUCAGACAUAUUGA